AUGAGGCUGAAGCUGUUCGCCAGUGUUUUGAGAAAGAAAUCAAUUGUAUUCAGAAGCAGUGAAAACUCUUGUACCUAUAUAGGAGAAUCAGCCCAUAUUGUACGUGAAGGAAAAUGGAGCAUUAAUAUAACUGCGGUGGUAUCCAAAUCUUUAGAGAAGGCUAAGAAAUUUGCAGAGAAGUUUAAGAUACCGAAUGUGUAUGACAGCUAUGAAGAAUUUGCUAAAGAUCCCAACAUAGAUCUGGUGUACGUUUCAACAAUCAAUCUUUACCAUCAUCCUCUUUCCAUUCUCAUGCUUAACAAUGGUAAACCUGUUCUGUGUGAGCAAACUUGUGCUAAUAACACUAAGCAGACAGAAGAAAUGAUUGAACUCGCAAAGUCUAAGAAAUUAUUUUUCAUGGAGGGUAUGUGGUCCAACUUCUUCCCAGCUUACAAAGCUCUUAGAGAAAUAAUUGACUCUGGAACCAUAGGAAAAAUACACCACUUAGAUGCGACUAUGUUUUAUGAAAUACCUCCAUAUGAUGCUGGGUCUGAUGCUUUCUUGGACAGGAGCGGUCUCAUAGAUAUUGGUAUAUACUUAAUAUGGCUUGCAAACUUCAUAUUUAAACAGAAACCUGAAACAAUUACUGCUGUUGGUGUGGUUACUGAUAUAAGUGUCGACCAAUCUGCCAAUCUUACUUUGACUUAUAAGGAUGGAGCCAAAGCCUCUUUGUCCUAUGAUAGGACUGUGACAAGAAAAAGUGAUGCACAUAUUUAUGGAACUCAAGGCAAAAUUUACAUACAUUCACCACUUUGGAGCACUACCAAAAUCGAGAUAAAUGGAGAAGAAAGAGAAUUUCCACUCCCUAAAUCUGAUGCUGUGUAUAAUUACCCCAAUAGCGCUGGAUUAGCUUACGAGGCCGAAGCUGUACGCCAGUGUUUCGAGAAGGGUGAACUUGAAUGCCCCGCUCACACCCAUUCUGAUACUCUGUCGCUCAUAAAUAUUAUUGACGAGGCUCGACGACAACUUAAAGAAAAUCAUCAGAAAAAAUAAGGAGGGGCAGAAAGCCAAUAGAGAGGACUGAUUCAUAGAAAAUCACACAUUGUAUAACUAACAAUAAUAAUCCGGGUUGUAUGUCAACGCCUUAUAUGCAGUCGUUAAUAAUUUGUUAAAGAAUUACAGUUUUUUCAAUGUUUUGUUAUACCAUGAAUAUGUAUUAGAAAUCAAGUGUCUUUAUACGUAGAUAACAAAAAAAGCAUCAUUAUAUCAUAAGAUAACUACUUUUAUGUAGAAACAGUAAGAGGAAGACUAAUACCACAAGGGAACCGGUUAAGAAAUAAAAGAAAAUUUACAUAUAACUGCCUAUGCUUAUUUGAAAGAAAGCCAGCAAGAAAAUUAUGGAUUAUGAUGAAAAACCUGAAAGUAAUAGAAUAAAAGGAAAAUUUUGAAAACUA